AGCGUCAAGAUCCGGGCCCCGCGCGCCCGGCCCUGUUAUCCCUGGCAGUGCUGAGACGCAGGCGGAAGCAUGGAGGGUGAGAGCACGUCGGCGGUGCUGUCUGGCUUUGUGCUCGGCGCACUCGCCUUCCAGCACCUCAACACCGACUCGGACACGGAAGGUUUUCUCCUUGGGGAAGUGAAAGGCGAAGCCAAGAAUAGCAUUACUGAUUCCCAAAUGGAUGAUGUUGAAGUUAUUUACACAAUUGACAUUCAGAAAUACAUUCCAUGCUAUCAGCUUUUCAGCUUUUAUAAUUCUUUAGGUGAAGUAAAUGAGGAAGCAGUGACGAAAAUAUUAUCAGGUGUCAAAAAGAAUGUGAUAGGUUGGUACAAAUUCCGUCGUCAUUCAGAUCAGAUCAUGACAUUUAGAGAAAGACUGCUUCACAAAAACUUACAGGAGCAUUUUUCUAAUCAUGAACUUGUUUUUCUGCUAUUAACACCAAGUAUAAUAACAGACAGCUGCUCUACUCAUCGGCUGGAGCAUGCCUUAUAUAAGCCUCAAAAAGGACUUUUUUAUAGGAUACCUUUAGUGGUUGCCAAUCUGGGCAUGUCCGAACAACUGGGCUAUAAAACUGCAUCUGGUUCCUGUACAUCCACUGGUUUUAGCCGAGCAGUAAAAACACACAACUCUGAAUUUUUUAAAGAAGAUGGUUCUUUAAAGGAGGUACAUAAGAUAAAUGAAAUGUAUACUUCAUUACAAGAGGAGUUAAAGAGUAUAUGCAAAAAAGUGGAACACAGUGAGCGAGCAGUAGAGAAAUUACUAAAGGAUGUAAACAGAUUAAAAGAAGAAAUUAAAAAAAGGAAACAAGCACAGAUUCAAGUGACACGAGAGAAGAAUGUCCAAGAAGACACUCAGGAAAACAUUUUCCUCUGUCAAGCUUUACGUACCUUUUUUCCAGAUUGUGAAUUUCUGCGUUCAUGUGUUAUUUCUUUGAAAAACAGGCAUAUUUCUAAAAGUAGCUGUAACACUAGCCACCAUCUUGAUGGGGUAGACAAGUUGACUUUAAUGGUAGAAUACGCCAACAUUCCUGAAGCUAGUCAAACUACUACACCACAGAUAACUAAGCGUAAAGCUACAGAUGCAGGUGACAGAGGGCAGUUAAAGAAGUCACGGCUGUUAGAGAUACAGAACAAACCAUCUUCGACAGACAGUGACAGCAGUUACCAAGAAAAAUCAUCCACGCUGAGCAGCCCGGAAACAGACGAAGACAUCGAGAAAAUGAAGAGCUCUGGAGAAUAUCCACAGUCCCCUACAUUUUGAUCCUCUUAGCCCAAAAGUACAUUUUUGAUCUGGCUGUAGGGUAAAGCCAAAUGAUUGUAUAAUUUUAACUGUGUUUAGCUUCAUAUAAUAUGUAAAUUCAUUUUUACUGUAUUCAGGGGUUUUUUUUCUUUUCCCAUAAGGAAAUAUUUUUGGGGACUAGCAGGUAGCAUGGUGGUUAAGGGCGUUGGACUCCCACAUGG